UUGAUGGAGUAAUGUAUAUGCUAGUUUGGGAGAGGGGACGAGACAACCGAAACCAUUGAUCCAACCCAACCCACACCAGUUGUUGAAGAGAGAGAGAGAGUAAUUUAAAUUUAUUUUUAAUUGGACGGGUAAAGAAGAAGAGUAGUAGUAGUAGGAGUAAUAGUGAUUGGGGAACUGAGACUGAGUGAGUUGAGUAGCAGAAGAGAAGAGAAGAUGGGAUCUGUAUGUAUCUGAGACUGUGCAUCACCCCAUUCCCUGUUGCGGUUGAUUCUUGAGGACAGGCAGAGAUAGGAUUAACUUAAUAUGACGACACGACACCAUUGCAAUUUACCAUUCUACAUUUAGGCAAUGCCAGCCACCCAAUAGAUAAUAGCAAUAAGUCUUUCUUCACUUCAACUCGCACUGGUAUUUAAACAAGUCUGAUGGGUUCAAGAUUCCCAUCUCAUCAGCUCAGCAAUGGCCUGUAUGUAUCAGGUCGGCCUGAACAGCCGAAAGAAAGAACUCCAACAAUGAGCUCAGUUGCCAUGCCUUACACUGGUGGAGACAUCAAGAAAUCCGGAGAAUUAGGGAAAAUGUUUGAUAUCCCCAUGGCCAUGGAUGCUUCUAAAUCUAGAAAAUCUGGUCAGCUAAAUAAUGCCCCUUCACGGACUGGAUCAUUUGCAGGUGCUGCUGCUUCACAUUCUGGACCUAUCUUGCCAAAUUCCACUCCUCGUUCUAUUUAUACCACAUCUGGUAACAUAUCUUCUGGAGGCAGCAUGACGACUGCUUCAGUCUCAAUGAAAAAGACCAACUCUGGUCCACUGAAUAAACAUGGGGAGCCUGUGAAGAAGUCAUCUGGACCGCAAUCUGGUGGAGUCACACGCCAAAAUUCUGGUCCGAUUCCACCUGUUCUUCCUACAACUGGUCUUAUUACAUCUGGUCCUCUAAAUUCAUCUGGGGCACCAAGGAAAGUAUCUGGUCCAUUAGAAUUUACAGGAUCAAUGAAAUCGCCUAGUUCUGUAACUCACAAUCCAGCCAUGACCACUCUUAGCCUAGAUGAUGAAUAUUCCUUCAGGAGGAACUUCCCAAAGCCAAUACUGUGGUCUGUAAUUCUGAUUUUCAUUAUGGGAUUCAUUGCUGGUGCUUUUAUUCUUGGAGCUGUCCACAAUGUCAUUCUCCUUGUUGUUGUAGUAGUUCUUUUUGGUGCUGUUGCGGCAUUGUUCACUUGGAACAGUUGUUGUGGGAGGACAGCCAUUGUUGGUUUCAUUUCUCGUUAUCCUGAUGCUGAGCUUCGAACUGCCAAGAAUGGGCAAUUUGUGAAGGUUUCUGGGGUUGUUACCUGUGGUAAUGUUCCAUUGGAGUCCUCCUUUCAAAAAGUUCCUAGAUGUGUAUAUACUUCUACAAGCUUGUUUGAAUAUCGAGGGUGGGAUUCAAAAGCCGCCAACCCGAAGCAUCGUCGUUUUACAUGGGGACUCAGAGCAGCUGAGAGGCAUGUGGUGGACUUCUACAUUUCUGAUUUCCAAUCUGGAUUGAGAGCAUUGGUUAAAACAGGCUAUGGUGCAAGGGUGACUCCUUAUGUUGAUGAUUCUAUUGUAAUUGAUGUUAACCCUGACAAUAAAGACAUGUCUCCAGAGUUUCUUCGAUGGUUGCGAGAGAGAAAUCUUUCAAGUGAUGAUCGACUGAUGCGAUUAAAAGAAGGGUACAUCAAAGAAGGUAGCACAGUCAGUGUAAUGGGAGUUGUUCAAAGAAACGACAAUGUACUUAUGAUUGUCCCUCCUCCUGAGCCUUUGACUACCGGAUGCCAAUGGGCUAAAUGUAUAUUUCCAGCUAGCCUUGAGGGUAUUAUUUUGAGAUGUGAGGAUACAUCAAAGAUUGAUGUCAUUCCAGUGUAGUUGCGCUCUCCUGACACCUCUUAGGUAUUCUUCUUUAAAGAAGUAUUUUCUUACCACCUUUAACUUAAUGGUGGUUGAAGUUUGUAUUUUGUAAGUGUUAUUGGUAAGCGUAAUGAGUCUACAACUGACAUCAGUGAUUUCCUUUUUCCUGCUCUCUACUCCUAGUUUGUUGUAUAGCUAUUCGUUUAUUAUUCCUAAGGAGUUUAUUCUUUAUAAUGGAUGUGGUUUUAUGAAAGUGAGUUGUUUGUUGGUA